CUCUGUAGGAGGCCGGCCCCAGGAGGCAGGCAGCAUGGCUAGCUCAGCCCGGGAGCAUCUGCUGUUUGUUCGGCGUCGAAACCCCCAGAUGCGGUACACACUGAGCCCCGAGAACCUGCAGAGCCUGGCUGCUCAGGGCUCCCUGCCUGAGAACAUGACCCUGCCACGCGCCAACAGCGACACGGACCUGGUGACUUCUGAGAGCCGCUCCAGCCUCACAGCCAGCAUGUAUGAGUACACACUCGGCCAAGCCCAGGACCUCAUCAUCUUCUGGGACAUCAAGGAGGAGGUGGAUCCCAGUGACUGGAUCGGCCUUUAUCACAUCGAUGAGAAUUCUCCAGCCAACUUCUGGGAUUCUAAAAACAGGGGUGUGACCGGAACACAAAAAGGACAGAUUGUGUGGCGAAUCGAGCCUGGGCCCUACUUCAUGGAGCCGGAGAUAAAAAUCUGCUUUAAAUACUACCACGGCCUCAGUGGAGCCCUGCGGGCCACCACGCCCUGCAUCACUGUGAAGAACCCGGCUGUGAUGAUGGGGGCAGAAGGUACAGAAGGCGGCGUGUCCGGAAACCUGCAUUCCCGGAAGCUGGUCAGCUUCACGCUCUCAGACCUUCGGGCAGUUGGGCUAAAGAAAGGCAUGUUCUUCAACCCUGACCCUUACCUUAAGAUGUCCAUCCAGCCAGGGAAGAAGAGCAGUUUCCCCACCUGUGCCCAUCACGGCCAGGAGAGAAGGUCGACCAUCAUCAGCAACACCACCAACCCGAUCUGGCACCGAGAGAAAUACUCCUUUUUUGCGCUCCUAACUGAUGUCUUAGAAAUUGAAAUUAAAGACAAAUUUGCCAAGAGCCGUCCCAUCAUCAAGCGCUUCCUGGGGAAACUAACCAUCCCGGUCCAGAGGCUGCUGGAGCGCCAGGCCAUUGGAGAUCAGAUGCUGAGCUACAACCUGGGCAGGAGGCUCCCGGCCGACCACGUGAGCGGGUACCUGCAGUUUAAGGUGGAAGUCACGUCCUCCGUGCACGAGGAUGCGUCUCCGGAGGCUGUCGGCACGAUCCUGGGAGUCGGUACCGUGAACGGGGACCUGGGAAGCCCCUCUGAUGAUGAGGACCUGCCCGGCAGCCACCAGGACAGCCCGGGUUGUGCUAACGGGGCCGUGUCUGAGGACAGCACUGCGGAUGGGACGCCUAAGCACUCCUUCAGGACUAGCUCCACCCUGGAGAUGGACGCGGAGGAGCUGACCUCCACUUCUUCCAGGACCUCCCCACCCAGGGGCCGCCAGGACUCGCUCAAUGACUACUUAGAUGCUCUGGAGCACAACGGCCCCUCCCGGCCGGGGGUUUCAGCCUCGGCCGAGCGGCCCAUGGGCGCCUCUCCGAAACUCAGGAGCAGCUUUCCCACUGACACUAGGCUCAGCGCCAUGCUGCAUAUCGACUCGGAUGAGGAAGACCAUGAGCUCCAGCAGGACCUCGGGUACCCAUCCUCCUUGGAGGAGGAGGGAGGGCUGAUCAUGUUUGGUAGGGCGUCCAGGGCUGAGGAGGGGAGCCUAACCUCUCAGACCAAGCCAGAGGACGCCAAUCCAGUGGACCUGGAGGAGCACUCCAUGCACGAGGCUGCGUCCUAUGAGGACAAGCCGGAGGAUCUUCCUGAGCUGGCUAACGGCCCCUCAGGCCCAGCCCCAGAGGAUAGUGAAGCUGCCGGCCCAGAGUCCCAGCCUGGGGCGGAGCAGGGCAGCACCGAGCUGUGCAGCUCCCAGGAGGCCGAGCAGCCCGCAAGCGGGGCGGACACGGGCACCCCGGACACGUCUGGGGGCAGCCGGAGGGCCAUCAGUGAGACCGAGUCCCUGGACCAGGGCUCUGAGCCCUCGCAGGUGUCCUCAGAGACCGAGCCCAGUGACCCGGCCAGGACAGAGAGUGUGAGCGAGGCCAGCACCAGGCCCGAGGGUGAGAGCGACCUGGAGGGUGCAGACAGCUCCUGCAACGAGAGUGUGGCCACACAGCUGUCCUCGGUGGACACGCGCUGCUCCUCGCUGGAGAGCGCGCGCUUCCCGGAGACCCCAGCCUUCUCCUCACAGGAGGACGAGGACGGGGCCUGUGCUGCCACCGAGCCCCCCAGCCUUGGCCCAGGCCCAGAGGCCGCAUGCACCCCGGGAACACUGCCAGCUGUGCAGGUUCCCGGCACGCGGGAGGACGUGGGCCCCGAGCCUGAGGAGCUGGGCGAGGUCUGGCAGCGCAGGGCGGGCCUGGAGGGGGCUGCGGCCGCGGAGAGCCGGGCACCAGGAGAGGAGGAGGCUGGGGAGGAUGCUGGAGCCUGCGAAGGGGCCACCGCGAGCGAGGAGGGCGCCACGGGAGGUUCUCCAGCCAACGGCCACCAGCCCCUGCGGUCACUGCCCUCGGUGCGCCAGGACGUCAGCCGGUACCAGAGGGUGGACGAGGCUCUCCCGCCAAACUGGGAGGCGCGCAUCGACAGCCACGGCAGGAUCUUCUACGUGGACCACGUGAAUAGGACCACGACGUGGCAGCGGCCCACGGCCCCGCCGGCCCCACAGGUGCUGCAGAGGUCCAACUCCAUCCAGCAGAUGGAGCAGCUGAACCGGCGUUACCAGAGCAUCCGCAGAACCAUGACCAACGAGAGGCCGGAGGAAAACACCAGUGCUAUGGAUGGGGCGGGGGAGGAAGCAGACUUUCACCAAACCAGCGCAGACUUCCGCCGGGAGAGCGUCCUGCCGCACUCUACCUCCAGAUCCAGGCUCACGCUGCUGUUACAGUCGCCCCCCGUGAAGUUCCUCAUCAGCCCAGAGUUCUUCACCGUGCUGCAUUCUAACCCCAGUGCCUACCGCAUGUUUACAAACAACACGUGUUUGAAGCACAUGAUCACCAAAGUCCGUCGGGACACGCACCACUUCGAACGCUACCAGCAUAACCGGGACCUUGUGGGCUUCCUCAACAUGUUUGCCAACAGGCAGCUGGAGCUGCCGAGGGGCUGGGAGAUGAAACACGACCAUCAGGGCAAGGCAUUUUUUGUGGACCACAACUCCCGGACCACCACGUUCAUCGACCCUCGGCUCCCGCUGCAGAGCAGCAGGCCCACGAGCGCGCUGGCCCACCGGCAGCACCUGACCAGGCAGCGCAGCCACAGCGCCGGCGAGGUGGGAGAAGACUCCCGGCACGCGGGGCCGCCCGUGCUCCCCCGGCCGUCCAGUACGUUCAACACAGUCAGCAGGCCGCAGUACCAGGACAUGGUUCCAGUGGCUUACAAUGACAAGAUUGUUGCAUUUCUGCGUCAACCCAACAUCUUUGAAAUUCUGCAGGAACGUCAGCCGGAUCUUACCAGGAACCACUCACUCAGGGAGAAGAUCCAAUUUAUCAGAACAGAAGGGACCCCAGGAUUGGUGCGCCUCUCGAGUGAUGCAGACCUUGUGAUGCUGCUGAGCUUGUUUGAAGAAGAGAUAAUGUCAUACGUGCCUCCACACGCCUUACUCCACCCCAGCUACUGUCAGUCCCCGCGUGGCUCCCCUGUGUCCUCACCCCAGAACUCACCAGGUACUCAGCGUGCCAACGCCCGGGCUCCGGCCCCCUACAAGCGAGAUUUUGAAGCCAAACUGAGGAACUUUUACAGGAAGUUAGAGACUAAAGGAUAUGGACAAGGCCCAGGGAAGUUAAAAUUAAUUAUCCGAAGAGAUCACUUGCUGGAAGAUGCUUUUAAUCAGAUCAUGGGCUACUCCAGAAAAGACCUGCAGAGGAAUAAGCUGUAUGUCACUUUCGUCGGGGAGGAAGGGCUAGAUUACAGUGGGCCUUCCAGAGAGUUUUUCUUCCUGGUGUCCAGAGAGCUCUUUAACCCCUACUAUGGCUUAUUUGAGUACUCAGCCAACGACACAUACACAGUACAGAUUAGCCCCAUGUCUGCCUUUGUGGACAAUCACCAUGAAUGGUUCCGGUUCAGUGGUCGGAUCCUUGGUCUUGCACUAAUACACCAGUAUUUGUUGGAUGCCUUCUUUACACGGCCCUUUUAUAAGGCUCUUCUCAGAAUCCUGUGUGAUCUGAGCGAUCUUGAGUACCUGGAUGAAGAGUUCCACCAGAGCCUGCAGUGGAUGAAAGACAACGACAUCCACGACAUCCUGGACCUCACGUUCACCGUGAAUGAAGAAGUGUUCGGGCAGAUUACUGAACGGGAAUUAAAGCCAGGGGGUGCCAACAUCCCGGUGACGGAGAAGAACAAGAAGGAGUACAUCGAGAGGAUGGUGAAGUGGCGCAUCGAGCGGGGCGUGGUGCAGCAGACGGAGAGCCUGGUGCGAGGCUUCUACGAGGUAGUGGACGCCAGGCUGGUCUCUGUGUUUGAUGCACGCGAGCUGGAGCUGGUCAUCGCAGGCACCGCCGAGAUAGACCUGAGUGACUGGCGAAGCAACACAGAGUACAGAGGAGGGUACCACGACAAUCACAUCGUAAUCCGGUGGUUCUGGGCUGCAGUGGAAAGGUUCAACAACGAGCAGCGACUGAGGUUGUUACAGUUCGUCACGGGCACGUCCAGCAUUCCCUAUGAAGGAUUCGCUUCUCUUCGAGGCAGCAAUGGCCCCAGAAGGUUCUGUGUGGAGAAGUGGGGGAAAAUCACUGCUCUUCCCAGAGCCCACACGUGUUUCAACCGCCUGGACCUGCCCCCGUACCCGUCCUUCUCCAUGCUGUACGAGAAGCUCCUGACGGCAGUGGAGGAAACCAGCACCUUUGGACUGGAGUGAGCCGCAGGCGCCAAGCCCAGCUCUUUGGGGACAGGAGAUUCCAAGGCUGGCCGCCAGGAGACGGACUGCACAUGGAGUCUCAGCAGCAGGCUCCGUCAGAGCAAGGCUGAGCGCUGUCGCCCUUGGGAUGGGCCACGCAUCCUCUCGCGAGGAUUUGGGUGAGCUUGGUGCCCAGGAAACAACACAACAGUCUUUCAAUCAACGGUUCUUGACUGCCAAACAUUUUCCAUUUCUGAUGCUCCAAGACAAAGACCAACCUGUCCAUGACCAGCUCCAUGGUAACUUUUAAGGACUCAGGAGAACCUUGAAACUUACCCCUGAAUGUGGUUCCAGUCAAACCGGCAGCACUUGGCCCAAUCUCCAAAUUAGUGCAAGCUCAUUAAUAUAAUAAAAAAGUGUAUUUCCUGAAAGUACAUUCAUUCAUGCCCCAAGUUACAGUGGAAUAUUCAUUUCUUGCUUGUAAGUGUCUGCAUGGUGCGCACUGCAGGUUUUAGCUCUCAUGGGACACAAGCGAACCUGAACCCCCGGCAAUAUAAGGUAACUUUGAAGAUUUGCAAUAAGGUGGUUUGUGACAAUGUGUAUGCCAAUGGUAUGUGUGUCAUUACGGCUGAGGACAGCUGAUAGUCAAUGAAUUACUAAGGACAAAUUCUAUGCUUUAUAAUGCAUGAAAACAAUUUUAAAAUAGCAGUUAAUCGCAGCCUAUCAGGAAAAUGUACACAGUGAGUUCUGUUUACUUUCGAUGGGUUCAUUGUGUUUCUGUCCUGUAAGAUGUAUAUAAGGACCUCCCACCACCCUGGUGUCCUCCCGUUGACAUGUUCCACGCUUCCUUGGGCAUCAUGCUCGUCUGUACCCUUUUAAGCACUCUCAAGGGAACAAAAGGGCCUUUUAUUUUUAUAAAGGUAAAAAAAAUUCCCGAACUAUUUUGCACUGAACGUACCAAAGUCGAAGGGACGUUACAAUGUGACGAAUAGCAAUUCCAUCCCCUAACAGUGUCACAGAAACUAGCCUCCCAGUCCGCCCUCCCUCACAGAGCCAUCUCAGCCACUCCAAGGACUGUGCGCCUCAGUAAUAAUUUUUUAACACUCACUCUAUGUGAUAGUACGAUGUGCAUUUAUUUAAAAUGCAUUAGAUUCUCUUCCAUCCAUCAGAUACUUUCCAGGAUGGCAUUUAAUACAGAUAUUUCAUAUUUCCCCACUGCUUUUUAUUUGUACAGCAUGAUUAAAUGCUAAGCCCACUUAGGGAGCCGUGAGCAACACCAGAGAGAUCAGCUCUCUUAGGUAAUAAGAACUCCAUUCUCCCUCAGCAGUGAAGACGCCACAGAUCGAAACGCUCAGCUCUAUAUUUCUAAGCCUGCAUUUUCAGACUGAUGCAUAAUUUUCUUAUUAAUGUCAGAAAACAAUUUUUCUAUGGUAUCACAAAAACUGCAUGACAUCACUAAUCUUAUUUCUGCUUCAUUUUAUGAGAGGGUAUCCUGCAUUUUAAUUGUUUUGGGAUUACUCUACCCAUGGUUUACCUCUUGGUUUAUGGCCAUAACUAGUCAGACACACAACAGGGUAGAGUUAAAUGGAGGCUGUGAAAGCCGUGAGUUAACUUGGGAUUGGCCAGCCUUUGGACUCUGGGCAUUGUUGGGAGAUUUCUUUGAGAACCAUAUUUAUAAGUAGCUGUGGGAUUCCAAUGAUGGUUGUUGGCCAUCUUACGUUUCAGGGAGGUCAUCUGCAUAGCUUUGUAGGUGUUUUGUAAAAACUGGUUGCUCCAUGGUUAGGGAUGCUGGGAUUAUGGAGCAUGAUUAGGGAUGCUGGGAUUAUGGAGACCCUCCAGAGGACCAUGCCAGCAAUUCUACGUUCCCCCACGAAGGGCAGAUAACUCAAGGCAGUGGGGAGCUGUUCUAAAAGUGAGUUACAGAAACCUGGAAAGAAAGAUUUAUCUGUAUGCAAUAAUUGGGCCAGGAAAAAAGGUCAGAGGAUAACUUCGAACUGGAAAUAUUAGUAUGUAUUUACGGAUCAUGAAUAUAACUAUAUAAUUUUGCAAAUGGUUUUUACUUGUUUGUAUUUUUUCAUUAUAAAGAAAAACAGUAUAACACACUAACAUGCUUUUUUAAGAGAAAAAAUCACAUUUUUGAUGUUUCGGAGUUGACAUUCUCUAAACAGCUGAUGUCAAAGUUUGCAUUUCUUUUUUUAAAAAAAAAAUACAUUCAUAGACCAUGUUAGCUUUCAUUUGGUUUGAGAAACUUUGUUACCAUAUGUCAUACUACUAGGGAAAAGAGAUUUGCAAUAAAAUGUAUCUCCUGAAUUAUUUCUAACAAAUAUAUUUCUUUAUUAAGGCAUCUAGCAUCUCAAAUAACACUUCCCUUUAAUGUACGCAGACCUACUUAGUUAGAAUCACCUAGUUAACACUGUUCUCAAAAUUAGGGACAAAAAAUAGCCAAAACAACUGUAGGAAAUAUUAAAUAACAUGUCCUCAGGAUAAAUUAGACUUUAAUAUACUCUACAAUUAGAAAACUCCAUAAAUAUGUUCUGCACUGUGAACCCAGACAAAUCCUUGGCUUUUGGUCUUGAGAAAUUCAUAAGUGACGCUCCUUACACUCUGAAAGACAGUCAGGCUAUGUCCCAGAUGUAGGCAGAGCAGCUCAGGGUGAGACAGCCUCGGACCGUCGGCAUCCCAAGUCUUAUUAUUGGGUUUGAUGAUGGAGCUGCAGGAUGCUAAGCCUUCACAGUCUGGUACAAAAGACACCAACCCUCCAAAAAGAGUACUUUAAAUGAACACUCUUAAAUUCUACAAUCAGGAAUAGAGAACAGCCUGUCCAACUGGGUGAUUCCACCAGUCAUGGCUUUGUUUGUGGGAGAGAGUGGCUAAAAUAAACCCCCUAAGUGCUGUCUCUGUUGGUCAAGAAGGGCGUGUGGUAGUGUGUCAAAUCUCCUUACGUGCUGAAGCCCGAGGGCGUUUACAGAAUGCUGGGUGGGGAGCGCUGGGAUCUUCAAAUUAGCGAAUAAAUGCCAAAACAAAGUCCUGUCCUCUCCCUCUGGUCCUGGGCACCUGUACUGCGCUGUACCUUCCGUCUGUGUCUUUGUGUCCACGCCACUGACAGGAUCAAAACAUUUUUCUUGUGCACAGCCUGAAUGGAUCUGGGUAAGAAAUGAAAUCCCGAAAAUAUGACUGAAUUAGAAAGAAUGUAAGCUUUGCAGACUCAGAAUGCCCAUGACAUUCUCAUUCACUUAAACUCAAGUCUCAAGGGAAUAAGGUGGCUGAGAUGUAUAAUCAUCUGUAUAAGUAAAAAUGAGAAAAUGCGUUCAGAUGAUGGUAAAGGUAGAACAUGUUUGUUAGUGCUUUAGAAUUUCAAAGGGAUUCUAGGUCCGUUGUCUCUUUUUACCCUGAGUUACUUUGCUGAAUUCGUUUCAAGUGCUACCUCGUUUCACCCUGAUUUUUGUGGCUGGCUGGCCAGGUCUGUUGCAGUAUUUUGUAGUCAAAAUUCUGCGUUUCGUUCCAAGAAACAUGGAUACUAAUGGUUGUGCCAGUAUAUUCUCCUUUCAACUAGUUUUGGAGGAUGCUUCAUCUAUCCAAACUCUCACUUUCUUAAAUAAACACACUUAACAUGUGACACCUUCUGAAAAUUCCAUGAAGAAAUUAGCAUAUUCAUAGAAAAACAACCCUCAUAGACCUAAUAUUUGCGUUUCACUAUUUGCCAUGAGACAUUGAAAACAGGAGGCAGAAUUUGAUUGCUUUUGGUGGAUUUAUAUAGUAGAGCAGUUUAGUUUUCCCAAGUAUCAUUUGGAAGCAAUAGUAUGAAAAAAAAGCACUAAUCAGAAGCUAUAUUCUCACUGUUAAUUUUGAAUGAGGUUGAAUCUAGAAAGCCCUAGUAGCUGAAUCCCCCUGGUACGGAGGAAGAGACCACCUUUUUUCUUCCUGUCUAAAUGAAUUUUUUUCCCAUCUUUUUGCACAAAUAUCAUUUAUGACUUGGCCAUUUCUAACAAGGCAAACAUCUUAUAAUGAAGGGCGUAGAAGUCUGUCUAAUUUAACCUUAUUCAUGAAAAUGUAUUAAAAGGUUGCAAUAACCCUGCGUAAUAAUAAAAAUGCGUAAGAGGCCUAAACUCUAAGCCAUGCCUGAAUUUCAAGCCCUCUUCCUCCACUUACCAGCUUUCUGAGUUAGUUGAUGGGUGACAGUACUCCAGAUCUUAGUCAUCUCCUUCCAGGAGACUUCAGUUCACAUUUAACGGGAAUGUCACUUGGAACUUGUUUUCUAACUUGGUGAAACUUAUUGUCUAGCACAGAAGCAAGGAAAUGCCCAAGACACGAAAGCUCUCUGAAUUGUGGCUGAAGGCCAGCUAGUGCCCACUGAAAGGAAGAUAAAAAUAAAAAGCGAAAGGAGCCAGCAGUGGUGCCACCCCCAAGAACGCAAUGCUGACUGUUGGCCAGCAAGUUCAGGAGUGGCAGCUGUGUCCCCGGGCACUGGCACCAAGGGUGUGCUGGGUGUGGUGCUGCCCGUUGGGCCAGGGCUGCAGGGUGGUAAAGACAGGAAAGUAGCCACAGCGGCGGGAAGACACGGUGGAGGGUAGGCUCAGACCAAGCUGAGGGAGGAGUGCGUGCUGGUGUGGCUUCUCACUCUGGACGGAAGAAUGCCCUGCUGUUAAGCGGGAGCUCUGGCUGGCAUCAGCGUGGUGGGAAAUACCCUCAUUUCGUAACUUCACCAGGUUAGCAUUUUCCUUACUGCAAAGCAGAAUUUAAGGCCCAAGGUAUUAAAGCUACCUAGAACUUAGGAGAUUCAACGAUUUUGCAUUUGCAGCGAAGAGUUAGUGUUACUACAUGGAACACCAUAUAUGAAAUGAAAGAGUGCUUUUAUUCAUUUCUGCUUAUUUUGUUCUACAGCGGACAUCCUUUGCCUCUGGAAUUGCUUAUGAGGCAUUUUCAUGCUGUAAUGAUAUUUUCGAUGCCCCCUGUUCAUCUAGAAAGCAAAAUCCUAAGGGUGAGGUGACUGAGUUGUAAACGGAGACCUAAUCAUUGUUUCCAACCAAGAAGUGAAUUAAGGCAGGAAGUACAUUUGCUUAGAUUUUUAUCUGCAGGGUACUUUCUUUGGCGUUCGUGAUUUCACAGCUCAGUGGACUAGGAUGGCUGGAUUGUAUGGGUCCUGGAAAGGCAGGAGAAGCAAAUUUAUAGACAUGAUUUUUAUGUCUAGUGGCCUUGGGCAGGUGACAUCUUUCCAUCCAGCUUUCUCUGAAGAUAUUGCAACCCCACAGAGCGUUGGUAGGUGGGCCAUAUGAUUCAAACUGAAUCGGUCAGGGGCUACUGCUUACCGUCACCUUCUGUAAAACACCAGAGAUAAUGCUCAAGAAAUACCUUCGCGGAUUAACGGGGAAGCACACAGAACUGAACGUUCCUUCAGGACCCUCAUGCUCUAAAAGAUGUAAUUACAACCUAUUUUUCUUUACACGAUAUCAGAAGUCAAAUUUGGGUCUGUUAAAAUGUUGGAAAGUGCGUAAGACUACAUGUUUUUAUAAUAGGGAUGCAGGCAUUCCAAAAUGAAUGAAAACACAUGCAUCUCUCUUGCCUCUUACUGAAAGUAUUAAUCUAAUUUUAUAACAAUGCUUACUUUUUAAUAUUAAGGCUCUGUAAAAAAAUUUCUUUCUAAGAUCUCAGUAGAGCACAGGUGUGUAUUUUUUUAAGCCUUUCCAUUUCUCUUGGCCAGUGCCACUCUCGCCACCACACCAUGAAUCACUGUCAAUAGUGGUGUCUUUAUUUUUGUUGAGCUGACUUAAGCUUCAUAUUUAUUCAAUGUGACUUUUAAUAGAGAAUAAUAAUGAGAGAUAUUUGAUAUUAGGAUUAAGAUAACACAGCUCUCAUUUCACCUUACAUUUAAAUUUCUUUCUUUCUUUUUAAAGCAAAUAAUGCAGAUUGUUGACAUCCUAGGUCUGGUGCGUGGGCGCUGUUGUAUGGAGCCUAGGACUGACCGGUGGGCCAGUUGUUCAUUUUCUGGGAAGUCUGUGUUCUUAUCCUCACCUGAACCCCUGACUCUUGUGUUGUAUUUUUUUAUGAUUAUGAAAUGCUUUGAGGGAAAGAUAUUUUAAUGUGUACAAUUUGUUUUAUUUUCAUACUGAUCUCUAUUUUUGUUUAAAACCAUGUUAUAUCAUGAAAUCACUUAAUCCAAAAUAAAUCUUCU